GCGGCCGGGCCUGGACAAGGUGGAGCUCAGUCGCCCACGGGUCCUGGUCGGGUCCCCUCGACUCCAGCACACGUGAUCGCCGCCUGCUACCCGCGCCAUGACCCUGACGGUGCCCCGGUUCUCAGUUCCCGCCUUGCUGGCCUUGGGCUCGGCUGCACUGGGCGCCGCCUUUGCCACUGGACUCCUCCUGGGGAGACGAUGGAGGUUCGGGAGGCAGCAGCGCCUGCUGCCCCCGGAGGACAGUCCCCUGUGGCAGUAUGUACUGAGCCGCUCCAUGCGCGAGCACCCGGCGCUGCGCAGCCUGAGGCUGCUGACCCUGGAGCAGUCGCGGGGGGAUUCCAUGAUGACCUGUGAGCAGGCCCAGCUUCUGGCCAACCUGGCGCGGCUCAUCAAGGCCGAGAAGGCUCUGGACCUGGGUACUUUCACAGGGUACUCUGCCAUGUCACUGGCCUUGGCACUGCCCGCGGCCGGGCGCGUGGUAACCUGCGAGGUGGACGCGGGGCUCCCGGAGCUGGGACGGCCCCUAUGGAGGCAGGCCGAGGUGGAGCAGAAGAUCGACCUCCGGCUGCAGCCCGCCCUGCAGACCCUGGACGAGCUCCUGGCGGCGGGCGAGGCCGGGACCUUCGACGUGGCGGUGGUGGACGCGGACAAGGAGAACUGUGUGCUGUACUACGAGCGCUGUCUGCAGCUGCUGCGCCCGGGAGGCUUGCUCGCGGUGCUUAGAGUCCUGUGGCAGGGAGAGGUGUUGAGACCUCCACCAAGGGACAAGACAACUGAGUGCGUGCGAAGCCUAAACGAGCGCAUCCUACGGGAUGCCAGGGUCUACAUCAGCAUCCUGCCCCUAGGUGACGGCCUCACCUUGGCCUUCAAGAUCUAGGCCUGGCCCCCCGCGAAUGGGCUUGCACUGACUCUUGAGUUUUAAACCUGACAAUAAAAGUUGGGUCACAGGA